AUGAUUGCAUUGAUCGCUCCAGCAGAUGCACAGUUCCGACCACUUCGCAAACCAGAAAUCGGAGCGGCCUUCAUGCGCUACAAUGAGUUGUCAUUAGUUGGUGAAAUACAGCUACAAAGUAACCGACGCCGAGGACGAGCAACUUUAUUAAGAGCAGAAAAUCUUGCAAUGAAUACAAAGUUCGACUCAUAUAUUGACUUCCAAAGAGCCGAGGUUGUUAUUAAUUUGAAAACUAAAGACGGUCGUGAAUAUGCUGUGCGAUUCCUAACUGGUGUAUUAAGUGAAAAUAAAAACAAAAAAAUUAUUAUUCGCUUCACUAAUCUUCAAUCAAAUUCCAAUGGUAUACAGUUAUUCGUCAACUGUAUGAAUGCUGGCCGGGAUAAUACCGAACUUCCAAUCCGAGAUGUUCUUAUGGGUAACUUUUCUGUGCAACGACAUCCUGCGUUCAAGUUGUACGGACAAGCAUCUUUGAAAGAAUUACUAAUGAUGCAAGGUUGCGAAGAUACGGAAAACAUUGCUCCCACUAGACCUUCUAUUCCAAAACCAUCUCUUCCAUCCUGGGUAGGAUCAAUCGACCCUGACCGACGAUUUCCCGAUAUUGACAUAAAGAGAGAAACACAUUCACGCGAAGUGUCACAGGACCCUUUCUAUACAGUCGACCAAAUAAAAACUGAUAGAAUUCAUCAUUCAACCAUUGAUAGUGUGAAACCAGAACUUCCAAAUGCAAUCGUAGAACUUACAAUAGCGAUUCGUGAUUUGCAACGAGAUUUUCAAAAUCAGAUAAGAGAAACUCAUCUACUGAAAGAAACACUAAAAGAAUGUCAAAUGUGCCGAGGUACCCCUCCAGAACCUGGCAAUUUGCGACGUUGUUCUUCAAAUCCGUGCUUUCAGGGUGUUCGUUGCAUAGACACCGAGGAAGGAUUUCGAUGUGGAUCAUGUCCACCCGGUUUCUAUGGUGAUGGCAAGACAUGUUCAGCUUAUCUAACAUGCAAUGAUCGACCUUGUUAUCCUGGUGUACAAUGUUCCGAUACGAGCAGUGGAUUUAUAUGUGGUCCAUGUCCAACAACGCUGACAGGAGAUGGAACAGUUCACGGCUGCCAUCCAACACGAGUGACAUGUGAUUCAAGUCCAUGUUUUCCAGGUGUUAUGUGUACAGAUCAACGAACCGGUUUUCAUUGUGGUUCUUGUCCAACUGGCUAUACAGGAAACGGCACUUACUGUGAAGAUUUGGAUGAAUGUCAAUUUAGUCGUCCAUGUGAUCGGAGAGCAACCUGUACAAAUUUAUCGCCUGGAUUUACUUGCACACCUUGUCCACAAGGUUAUACAAGUUCCCCGAUCACCGGUAUUGGAAUUUUAUCAGCUCAACAAACUAGACAGAUUUGUCAAGACAUCGAUGAAUGCAGAAGCAACAAUGGUGGUUGCGUACCACAUUCAAGAUGUAUUAAUACACGUGGAUCAUUCAGAUGCAGCGAGUGUGACCCCGGCUACUCCGGAAACCAAACUGUGGGCUGCAGGCGACAAAUAAGUAAUUGCUCAAAUGGAAAAGAAUGCCACAAAAAUGCCAGAUGCAUUCAGAGACCGGAAUCUAGCACGCACGAAUGCCAAUGCAGCAUUGGUUACGGUGGUGAUGGUUAUUAUUGUUCAAAGGAUCAGGAUUUGGACGGUAUUCCUGAUAAUGCAUUGCCAUGUGGCCAUAGAAAAUGCAGAAAAGAUAACUGCGUAUCAACUCCCAACAGUGGUCAAGAAGAUGCCGAUGGAGAUGGACUUGGAGAUGCGUGUGACCCAGAUGCCGAUAAUGAUGGUAUUGUUAAUAAUCCUGAUAACUGUCCACUUGUCGCCAAUCCUGAUCAAGAUGAUACAGAAGACAAACCUGACCGAAAAGGAGAUGCCUGUGACAAUUGUCCAACAAUCCCCAACCCUGAACAAACUGACACAGAUGAUGAUGGUAUGGGAGACACAUGCGAUCCAGAUGCAGAUAAUGACGGUAUUAUAAAUGCUCAUGAUAAUUGUAUUAGAGUAAAGAAUGCAGAUCAGCGUGAUACAGACGGUGAUGGCAUCGGAGACGCUUGUGAUAAUUGUCCAUUUGUACCUAAUGUUAAGCAGUUAGACAGUGAUGCGGAUUUGACAGGGGAUGCGUGCGACACUAACGAUGAUAAAGAUGACGAUGGAGUGCAGGAUACGAAUGAUAACUGUCCGCAUAUUGCAAAUUCAGACCAACUGGAUACCGACGGAGAUACAUUAGGUGAUAUUUGUGAUAAUGAUGAUGAUAACGAUGGUGUCCUCGAUGUAAAUGAUAACUGUCCUUUGAGAAUGAACCCAAGACAAGAGGAUGAAGAUGGUAAUGGUGUUGGAGAUAUUUGUGAGAUCGACAAGGAUGGAGACGGAAGCGAAGAUUUCAUCGAUGUGUGUCCACACAAUGGUAAUAUCUAUGCAACCGAUUUUCGCGCGUAUCAAACCGUCAUUCUUGAUCCAGAGGGAGACUCGCAAAUUGAUCCCAAUUGGGUCAUUCUUAACCAGGGAGCUGAAAUUGUGCAGACAAUGAAUAGCGAUCCGGGAAUUGCUAUCAGUUACACGGCUUUUGCUGGAGUGGAUUUUAGUGGGACAUUUUAUGUAAAUACGGAAGUCGAUGAUGAUUAUGCAGGAUUUAUAUUCAGCUACCAAGAUAGUUCACAUUUUUAUGUUGUGAUGUGGAAGAAGAAUACGCAAACUUAUUGGCAUUCUACGCCUUUCCGGGCUGUAGCUGAACCAGGAAUUCAGCUUAAGUUGGUGAAUUCAUCAACAGGUCCUGGUCAAUAUUUGCGAAACGCUCUUUGGCACACAGGUGACACACAUGAUCAGGUACGACUUUUAUGGAAAGACCCACGAAACGAGGGGUGGAAAGAAAGGAAGGCUUACAGAUGGGAAUUAAUUCACAGACCGUAUAAAGGUUUAAUAAGAAUUCUAUUCUUUGAGGAAACUGAACUAAUUGCGGAUUCAGGUAAUAUCUAUGACUUCACUUUGAAGGGAGGACGUUUAGGAGUGUUUUGUUUCUCUCAAGAAAUGGUCAUCUGGUCAGAUCUUGUCUACAGAUGCAAUGAUUAUAUCCCCCCAGGAUUAUUGGAAGAAGAGGAUUACGGCUAUGGUCAAUGA